AAUCGGCAGUAGUUAGUCGAUUGCUGACUGUCGAGGAAGGUUUAUCUCUCUCGGAAGAAACGUUGUCUCGUUCGCGAAGAGUAUAAACAGAGUUAGAUACAAAGAAACUGAGUAGAUUGUUUUCAUCCCUCGUUGAGAAAUAUAAUAUAAAUAUUCGUCAAUAUCAAUUAUACGUUCAGUUCGCAAUACGACGACGUGCUGUAGAGAUAACCCUUUUCCAUAUUCCGUUGCUCUUUCACAUUUUCUUUAAUUCUUACUUGAAAAGAUAAAGAUAGAGAAAAAUAAAUAGAAGUUUAAAGUGAAUUGAUCGACGAUUGAAGGAAGUCAAAGGCCAAAACGAUGAAUACGAUAGUACAUGCUUUGUACAUCGCAGCAUUAGUGCUAUUUUUCAAGAACACGAAUGCACAGGAAAGAUGUGUAACGCCUACGAAAAACAAUGGUAUUUGUAUUAACAUAAAGAAUUGUACACAAAUUGUUAAUAUUCUAAUAAAUCAAAAGCCUUUGACACAAGAAAUUCAAGAAUUUCUAAGAGCAUCGCAAUGUGGUUUCGAGGGUACGAUUCCAAAAAUUUGCUGUGCUGAUCAAGUUCUAACAGAUACUUCCACAAAUCCAGUUGAUCUCCUAGAUGUUUCCGAUCUUCCAGAUGUAUCGAACCAUCCAAAUUUACGAAUCUUAAACCAUGAUAUUUGUGGUCCUUUAACUAAAAGUAAAAUCAUUGGUGGCGACAAAACUGGUGUCUUUGAUUAUCCGUGGAUGGCUCUUCUAGCUUAUUCCACAGGGAGAUCAAAUCCGGAAUUUCGAUGCGGUGGUUCCUUGAUUACUAAACGAUAUAUCCUUACAGCUGGCCAUUGUGUUAGCUCUUUACCUGAUGAAUUAAAACUGAUAGGCGUGAGGAUAGGGGAACAUGACCUUAGUACGGAACGUGACUGUGAUAAAGAUGAAAGUGGGAUCGAAGUUGCUUGUGCGGAAAGGUAUCAAGAUUAUGAUAUUGAAAAUACAUACGUUCAUCCGGGAUACACGAAAACGAAACUUCAAAAUGAUAUCGCCCUGAUACGAUUGAACGGCGAUGCUGAUUUCAGACCUAGAAAUGUUAAACCGAUCUGUUUACCAAUCAAAAGUUCUAUAACACCUCCGAGAAAGUUCAUCGUCACAGGCUGGGGUGCAACAGAACUUGGCACACGAAGUAAAGAUCUAUUGCAGGUUGGUCUGACACCGGUAGCCACUGAAGAAUGCAAAGAGGUUUAUAAGAGUAAAGCUGAAAUUUGGUAUAAGCAAUUAUGCGCUGGUGGAAAAAGAAAUAUGGAUUCUUGUCUCGGAGAUAGUGGUGGACCUCUUCAAGCGCCUGGAUUAUAUAACAAUAACGCUCGAUUCAUUCAAUAUGGAAUUGUCAGUUUCGGAUUAAGAAACUGCGGUACAGAAGGUUUCCCAGGCGUAUAUACUAAUGUUCGAUAUUACAUGGAUUGGAUUUUAAAUACUCUAAGGGAUUAAUUUAAUCUGUUGCAUAUCAUUUUGUACUUUUUUAUUAAAUUUUUUUUGUAGUGGUAACACUGGUAUUGUUACAGUAAAUUAGAAGAAAUUAUUCCUAUUUAAUUAAUUAUUUUUAAUUUUCUAUUCAAUUUAUAAAUCUCGUACCGAGAAAUAUAUAUCUAUAUGAAGAACAUAUGUCUUUGUCCCUCCAAAAAAAAAAAAAAAAGAAAGAAAAAGAAAAAAAAAUAUUUUAAUUACAAUGCCUACGCAUUUACUUCGACGUAUUGUUUGAUACAUUAACACUUCAUACAAACAUUAAUAUUUAAACAUAUUUAUUUUUUAUAGUGUAUACAAAUUUAGUUUCUAUGUAUAUCUAUAUCAUUAGAAAUGUAUGAAACGUAGUUCAUUAUUUAUUGCAUGUAUUGUAAUAAAUUACAGUUUGUAGGAUAAAGACGAUCGGAUUACAUAAUGAAUGCAAAAAUUAAAACGAAAUUCGUUUUUUCUGUUUUAUAUAAAAAAAUAACUACGACUGAUCUUGUUGCAUCUAAAUAAGGAUUACAUAAAGUAAAUAGCCAUAAUAAAUGCAUUUAUCUAUUACUAUUACGCUUAUCUUAUAAAACAUUUUUAUUUACUAAUAAAUGUAAAGUAAUUAUUAAA